UAACGAAAGAAACGGGACAGAAAUGAGAAACCCCACGUCACGAGGUUUCCGCCUUCGAUUAUUACUAGAAAAAGGCAGUAGAAGAGGUUGGGAAGAAUGAGAGAAAACAUGCAAAGGUUUCAGAGGCAUUUGACGACCGUGUGGGGGCAGUGGAGUAAUUUUACGGACACGAUCUGGCGGCCAUUUCUCAAAUCCUCGGCCAAGUCCCCCGCCGUACUCUUCGUCUUCUUGUUCUUCCUCUUCGUCGGCGCGUUUGUCUCCACGCGCUUGCUCAACACCGCUAAUCUAGCUGGUCCAACUAUUGCCAAAAUCUCCGAAAAGUCCCGCCAGAGGAUCGGGAUCCCACUGAACUGCUCUGCAUACAGCCCCACACGAACCUGCCCUGCAAAUUAUCCUACUACUUACAACAAGCAAGAUGAUCUAGACCGUCCAUUGCUUCCCACGUGUCCGGAUUACUUCCGAUGGAUCUACGAAGACUUGAGACCGUGGGCCUACACAGGGAUAUCUAGGGAUAUGGUGGAGAGGGCCAAACGUACGGCCAAUUUUAGGCUGGUAAUAGUGAAUGGCAAGGCUUACGUGGAGACCUUUCAAAAGGCGUUUCAGACGAGAGACGUUUUUACGCUGUGGGGAAUCCUACAGUUGUUACGAAAAUACCCAGGAAGAGUACCAGAUUUGGAGCUGAUGUUUGAUUGCGUUGACUGGCCAGUCGUUUUGUCAAAAGCAUACAGUGGGCCCGAUGCCACGACACCACCACCACUCUUCCGUUACUGUGGGGAUGAUAGCACACUUGAUAUUGUGUUCCCUGAUUGGUCGUUUUGGGGUUGGCCAGAGACGAACAUAAAACCAUGGGAGGCAUUGUUGAAGGAGUUGGAGGAAGGAAACAAGAAAAGCAAAUGGGUGGAGAGAGAAGCUUAUGCCUACUGGAAGGGAAAUCCAGUUGUUGCCGCCACCAGACAAGACCUUCUCAAAUGCAAUGUUUCCGAUAAACAAGACUGGAAUGCUCGUCUCUACGCUCAGGAUUGGCUUAAAGAAUCAAAGGAAGGGUACAAGCAAUCAGAUUUGGCCAACCAAUGCAUUCAUAGGUAUAAGAUCUACAUUGAAGGGUCUGCUUGGUCUGUUAGUGAGAAAUACAUUCUCGCCUGUGAUUCUGUUACCUUAAUCGUAAAGCCGCAUUACUACGAUUUCUUCACUCGAGGUUUAGUACCGAUGCAACAUUACUGGCCUAUCAAGGAUGAUGACAAGUGUAGAUCCAUCAAGUUUGCUGUUGACUGGGGAAACUCUCAUAAGAAAAAGGCAAAAUCCAUUGGAAAGGCGGCGAGCAGGUUCAUUCAGGACGACUUGAAGAUGGAGUAUGUAUAUGACUACAUGUUUCAUCUUUUAAAUGAAUAUGCCAAGCUCUUGAAAUUUAAGCCUAGUAUACCCGAAAAAGCAGUCGAAUUCUGUUCCGAGUCCAUGGCUUGCACAGCAGAGGGGAUUGGGAAAAAGUUCAUGAUGGAAUCAAUGGUGAAGGGUCCUGCAGACAGUAGCCCAUGCACCAUGCCACCUUCGUACAAUCCUUCCUCUCUAUAUUCACUUAUUCAGAAAAAGACUAGUUUGAUUGAACAAGUGGAAAUGUGGCAGAAUAAGUAUUGGGAAAAUCAAAAUAAGCAGCCAUAGACAAAAUUUUCUUUUAAUAUAAAAUUUCA